GAAGAAACCUGUGCAGGCCUUGACCAAGUGGGAUGGUAAAAUUUGGGAUUUUAGGGGUAGGGAGGUGGAAUGAAGGGACGGGGGAUUUUGGGAGUGGAGGUUUUGGGGUUGAGUGGGUUUAGUGUUGAGGAGAAAGUAAAGAUGAAGGAGAAAGAAAUUGAGUUUGAAGUGUUUAAAGCGUUGUGGUUGAUGAUUAGGCAUGAAAAGUUGGAAACUGUUUAUUUAAAUUCUGUAUCGGAAAUUGAAGAAACAUCUUCGAAAUCAUUGAGUUUUGUUUUGACAAAGAAAAAGGAGAUAGACUUCAUUGAAUCUCUGCAGCCAUUUACACUUCCAAACUUUAAGAUUAUAAACCUUUACAAGCUCAAGGAGAAAGAUAAAAGGAUAAAAGAUUUUCUGAGUUCCUCUUUCCCCCAUAAAAUCGAAAAGAUGAUGGCUUAUCCGUUUAACUAUGCAAAUCAUACUUUUUCAUACUAUUUUGAUAAUAUUAUCAAGAUUAGUUAUAAAGUGCACAAGCAAAUGGUCUUAAGCAAUUUCUUGAUUAAUGUAAGACAGUUUGGAAGACUAAUCACUGCUUAUAAGCAUGUUCAAGAAUUUGGACUAACUUAUUGCAUACUUUCUACCCCUGUUGUGCCAAAUCUUUCUGGAACAAUGAAGAAUGCAAGGAUAAGCACUAUUGAUUUCUCUUACUCCGGAGCAGACUAUACUAGUGAUUGGAACAAGAACUCUCAAGAAUUUGAGAACCUUAUAGAAGGAUUAGGUAGUUCUGAAGAUUUAAGACUCUCCUUAAAACUAAUCUUGCUAGAUGAUUGAGGAAUACAAAAACACAACGCUGAUGAAAUUCUUCGUAACAAUCGUCUUUCUAAAAUAUUCAUACAUAUGUAAUAGAUCUAUCGAUGUAUAAAAUUCAAUCUUUA